GGUUCUUAUUCUUAGCAUGACCGUUACGUUAUAAAUAAAAACUUCCCACUCUCCACACAACACAAACACAAAGCACCAUUUUUUCAACAUGAAUCAGAUUCUUAUCCUAUUCGCAGUUUUCUGCGUCGCAUUCGCGGCGGCGGCGGCGGAGGCGACCUCUUCCGGCGGCGGCGAGGAGGCGUUGAUCCGGCAGGUGGUGGACGGCGUGGGGGCGGAGCAGCACUUUUCGGAGUUCAAGCUGAGGUUCGGGAAGGCGUACGAGUCCCAGGAGGAGCACGAUUACAGGUUGAGGGUGUUCGAGGCUAACUUGCGCCGCGCCCGGCGCCACCAGAGCCUGGACCCUUCGGCGGUUCACGGCGUGACGCGGUUCUCCGAUCUGACGCCGUCGGAGUUCAAAAAGAAGGUUUUGGGACUGAGAGGUGUGAGGUUGCCUACCGAUGCGAAUAAAGCACCGAUUCUACCCACUGACGAUCUUCCCAGUGAUUUUGAUUGGAGAGAUCAUGGAGCAGUUACUCCUGUUAAGAAUCAGGGUUCGUGCGGUUCUUGUUGGAGCUUCAGCACCACUGGGGCUCUGGAAGGUGCGCACUUUCUGGCUACUGGGGAACUUGUCAGUCUUAGCGAGCAGCAGCUUGUUGAUUGUGAUCACGAGUGUGAUCCAGAUGAACCAGGUUCUUGCGACUCCGGGUGCAAUGGUGGAUUGAUGAAUAGUGCUUUUGAGUACAUCCUAAAAUCUGGUGGAGUCAUGCGCGAGGAAGACUAUCCUUAUUCUGGCACUGAUCGCGGGACCUGCAAAUUCGAUAAAGGAAAGAUUGCAGCCUCAGUGGCAAACUUCAGUGUCAUCUCACUAGAUGAAGACCAGAUUGCUGCGAAUCUGGUGAAAAAUGGCCCUCUUGCUGUGGCGAUCAAUGCAGUAUUUAUGCAGACAUAUAUCGGUGGAGUAUCAUGCCCGUACAUAUGUUCAAGAAGGCUGGAUCAUGGGGUGUUGCUGGUAGGAUAUGGUUCAGGUGGCUAUUCACCCAUUCGGAUGAAGGAGAAGCCAUUUUGGAUAAUCAAGAACUCGUGGGGAGAGAAGUGGGGAGAAAAUGGAUUCUACAAGAUAUGCCGGGGACGAAAUGUCUGUGGGGUGGACUCCAUGGUUUCAACUGUGGCUGCUGUUCAUACAACUACUCAGUAGGAAAGGAUAUUUGCUGCCCAUUUUUUAAAGCAAGCAAUUAACCUACGCAAUUAAUAUUAAACAGUUUUUAGACCUUCUUUAUGAUGAAUUGCUCUUCAUUCCCACAACUAUGUACUCUCAGUGGUCGUAAUUUUCUCGCCAACUGUUUAACUUAAAACCUUAGACGAACUAUGCCAAAAUUAAUUAAUA